AUGGGCUGUUUCGCUGUAUUCAUUUUAUCUCUCUUGGCCACGUUACUGUUCGCAACUGCGCAAUUGGAGGCCAAUUUUCAACUUCAAGCUGGAAAACCAUGUGAAUCUGCCUAUCAUUGUUGGAGGACAGAGCCGAUUGACGCUAAUGGCCAGCCAAUAUCACUUCUUUCAUCACGUGGAAAACGCUUAGAAAUUGGUUCGAAUAGCAAAUCGCGUGGAGGACGUUGUCGAUGUAUUGAAGGUGUCUGUCAACUAUACCAUUUGGCUACGGAAUCGUUCUUUGCCUGUGAAGAAUUCUGA